UUGUCAAAAAAAAAUCUAUCUACAAUUAACCGAUACUAAUUUUGGAACAUUAAUUAUCCAAUAUCAGUAAUCAGUUUACUAAUUUAUUAGAGACUUUAAAUUGUUUUGUAAAAGUGAAAAUUGUUGAUUGUCAUUAAGUGUAAAAGUCUUCAAGUUUUCAUUGUUGAUCCAUUUGUCAUUUUUGGCGUUGAAAUUUCAUCAUCAUGAUUUCUGAUUCUGAUUUAAGUGAUUCCAAGGAGUUGUCAUUCCUUUCGGACGAUACCAGUUGUUCAAGUAGCCAAUGUUCAGAUGAUACUCUUCCUGAUCCCUCGAAUCAAUCACCAAUUAAUCCAUCAGAUGAGCCGAAAAAGUUAACACCCGAAGAGAAGAUGUUUAAAUUUUGUAGAAAAGGAAAACCGGAUCAUAUAAAAUUCAUGGUGAACAAAUUUCCACACUUACUGAAUGUUAAAGAUUCGGAUGGUUACAGUUCACUCCAUAAAGCGGCUUACAGUGACAACUAUGAGGUGGUUCAAACUUUGAUUGAAUUGGGAGCCGAUAUUGAGGCGAGAACAAUUGACCAAUGGACACCCUUACAUUGCGCCUCUAAAUGGGGUAAUUUACGGUCGGCGUCAAUUUUAAUCGAUGCUGGUGCCAACAUAAAUGCUCGAUCAUCUGGUGGAGUGACACCUCUUCAUCUUGCUGCUGCGAACAAAAAUAAACAGAUGAUUGAACUUCUCCUUUUUAAUCCAAACAUCGACGUAAAUAUUGUAAACAAUGCUGGAGACAAAGCGGUUGACAUCGCUCGAAGAAGUUCACCUUAUUAUGUUCUCUUUGAUCAGAUCAAGUAUUAAACUUGGAACAGGUCAAAAUCAAUCAAUGAGAGAGAGAGAACCCAAUUACUAUUAUAUUUGGUAUUUCUAUUUUAAUCGAUAUUAUCUACUAUUUAACCGUAGAUUUGGUUUGGUCCAUUUGGUAAUUUUCAAAUCAAUUAAAUGUCUUUAAUCUCA